CGGUAUGCAGCUUAAAGUUGCUCGCGAUCCGCCAUAACAGAACAGAAGAAGAAGAAGGUUGGGUUGCGCUGGAAACAAGAACAUCAUGGAGGAAGGACGGGAUUUUUCUCUCCAUGGAAAAGCAGUUGUGAAAGAUGCUAAUCUGAGGGAUGAGUACUACUGGAAGCUUGUUGCAGACUUUAUUGGACCUCAAUCAGGCGAGGAGCUUAACCUGAAUCAAGGACCGUGCAAGAACAGAUUUAUGAUCCAAGUUGGGCUUUUGAGGGAGGACAAUAAUUUUCCCUGGCUCGCCAUCAUAGAGUGGCUGAAGAAGAUCUUCCCUGGUCACCAGUCCGCUGACUUCCGGUGUUUGAUUGAGAGAGGCAUUGCAACAACACUGAGCUUGGGCACUGAAGCGGUGUUUACCUUCCUGGAAUCGGAUGUCAACUUCAGCUUUGUUGGCCCAAUAUGUGACAGCAUCGGGGUGGAGCGCCAGCAUCUUCUUGAACUGAGGGAUUUCUCAGAGCGAGCGCGGUCAAUUGAAGUCACUAAUGGACUGAUUAUAGAACUGAGCAACUUUGUUGCCAGGGAGAAAAUUUCUCCAGUCGUCAUCGUUACUUGGCUAAGGAACUUCAACCCAGAGUAUUGUAAGGACGGGUGCAUUCAGAAAGCGUAUAAACUCCUAAGGGCCAGGAUAAAGAAAUUAAAAAUUUACUGUCGUAACUAUGAGACGAGGAGUCACAGGAAAAAUGCUGCCAUUGAGAAAGUUCUUCAGAGUCCGUUUGAACUGGUUCGCAAGAAAUCACCAAAACUGUUUUUGAAGAAACGCAUGAGGAAAAUCUAUUAUGAGAAGGUUAUGGUCAAAGAGAAAGAAUUUUCAGAAAUCUCACAAGGCGAAGCCCUUGAGGUACGCAAGGAGGUUGUAGGAAAAAAAACACAGAGAGGAAAUGCUAACAAAACAGGCGAGGAGGAUCGAAAUGCAUCGAACAGCAAAGAGAAGAGCCCAGCCGACUACGGAGAAUCCCUGACCCUGCUGGACAUCGCCAUGCUGUCCGUCCAGAAGUUGUUGAGUGUUUACGGUGGAAAAAACGAAACGUGCAACAGGGUUUCUUUGGAUCUCCUCAAGAAUCACUAUGCUCUGACUUGCAAAGAGACUCCCGCCAUGGAGGAGUUUGAAAACAAAGUGAGCUCCUUCUGUGAAGAGACUGCCCUCGUGCCUCCCGUGAAAUUUUUACACUACAAUGCCAAUUUCCUAGUUGAUCUACACAAUGCUGUGGAGAAACAGAUCCUGAGCUUUGAAAAGGAGAUCAUUUUGUCAACGGGACAGAAACUGGGCCGAGAUAAUCUUCCAAAGUUCAAGAACUUUGUUAAUUUGCCAGAAAGUGCCACUUCGCGUUACAUCCACAUGGCCUGUGAUCUCCUGAGCCCAAUCAGUCCAGAAAAACCGAACUACAGGAAGCAUUGGGUGGCUUUCUGUGAAGAGAAGGGAAACCCCUCCAGACUCACUGUGAACCAGUCAAACAGACUGAAUAACUACUUUGAGGCAGCAGCAGGUCUUAUCCACCAUCACAAAGAGGCUGCGCUAUUCUUUGGCGAUCUCUUGUCACUUACUAGCGACCCAUGUCCCAACAUCAUCUUGGAGAGCAUUACAGCAGAUGCAAACGACUCCACAAUCCAGAGUUUUGUUUGUGUCGUGGCUAUAAUUUACUGCAAGGUCCUCGGCCCCUACUGGCAGCUCCUGAAGAGCGGAGGGGAGUAUGCGCUCUUCAAUCAGUUCCUGCUCUGUCUCUACCAAAGGUUCAUUGAUUGGUCGAAAGAUCCCUCAACUCUGCUCGAACCAGAGGAGGACAGCAACGUCUUCCGGCAGUUUCCUUUGCAAGAGAAAAUCUUUAGCGGGGUGUUUAACUUCUGCGCCCAUUGGCACACAAACCGAGACCUCAUCCGGACUUGUCUGAGGAGAACCAUAAAGGUGAUCGCUGCCGUCACUGAGGAACACCUGAAGACCUUUCUGCCUGGAGGAUCGUUUUCCCAAAUUCCUCCGUUAGAUGUGUGCUUGCAAUUAGUCAGUUGCACGUUUUCCGUCUUAAUGGCGGAAUACCCCUUCGGCCAUGCAUAUCCCUACAAGAAGAAACGACCUGACAAGCAGUCCAACAAUUCCUCUCAGAGCUUGUUGGACAGCUCCCAGGAAGAUGAAGCUUUUUCCGGCAACAGCUCUGAUGAAGCCUCGAAGAGUGGAACCCACUUCCAGAUCGGCCAAAGGGACGAGAAGAGUCCUCAGACGAAAAAGGCUACCAGGGUUUUCCAGGAAGAGGAGCAGGAGGAGAACAUGGAUAAGGACUACAUUAUCGCCGUGGUGACUAAAAAUGGAGGUCCGUGCAAAACCCAGCAGGACAUUGAUAAAUUGAUGCUGCGUCUUGACGGGAAGUCACGGCAGGAGAAACGGGAGGCAGUUCGCUGCGAGAUUCUGUACCAAAAAAUGGUUCUAAACAACAUGGACCCAAAUUUGGACCAUCGCUGCCUCAACACAACCCAGAUGGUGUUGAAGCUGAAGCUGUCUCUCCCCCGGGUCAAACCCGGUUUCUCUUUGGUGCUGGCACCCAGGAAGACCAAACAAAGACGUUUACACCAACCUGCUCCAGAUAAUCCAGCUGCUCAAGGUGCCAACAGCGUCUUGUUGGCGUCCGGCAUAGAAAAUUCACACACUUCCCCGGUGGAUGUAGAGAUGACAAACUUAGCAGAAACACUAUAAAAGACGUCGGACCCAUGACUCAAACACGUACCAAUGUCCUGUGAUGUACAUGUGAUCUUUCUGAACAAUAACAGGAACUUUUGCUUUGUUUUCGGUGCCUCACCAUGGUUAGCAUGGAGCCACUCUCCAGGCACCUCAGGAAAGGAAACGUCUACAUCUGGGACAGCGACCCUACAUUGGGUUCAAACUUGUCCUUAAUGUAAAAAUAAACAUUUUUUGGUC